AUGAAAAUAAUUUAUCGCCUUAUCUCUUACUGCUAUUUAUGGUUACCCAAAAAACUUUAAAAGACUCUUCAGAAAACUUUGUUUUAACAACAAGAAAAUGAAUAGAUUUUUAAAGUAUUGUACAUAAUUUAGAGUAGAUUGAAUUUUCGAAUGGGGAAGUCUAGAAGCUUGUAAAUUUUGAGAUCUAAAAUAAUUAAAUAAAUCUAAUCAGCGUAAAGAUGAUAGUAUUUCUUUUAGGUUAAUCUUAUUUUAAUGAAAUUAGUUGAUAAAAUUCUGAGAACAGAGAAUCUGAUAAUUUUGAUUAUUCUAAUUAUAGCCUUAGCUGGGAAUACAUAUACCUAAGAUUCAACAGGACAAAUCAUAGUUUUAUUCACUUUAAUUUGUUACUUAUUGGAUAAAUUGCAAUAUUUAAUUAAUCUUUUGCUCAUCAGUUAUUAAAGAUGGAAAUAACAAUCUAGUAUCAACAACAAUAAAUGCCGCAUUUUCCAAAAGUUUCCCAAUAUUUCAGAUGAGGAAAUCCAAAAGUUGGAAGACAACAAUUAAGAUUAUAUUGAGUACAAAAAUAUCAACUAAAUAGAUUUAAGUCUUAUCUCUCAAUAAAGUGGUGUGAAUUACAAGUUGGAUAGAUAGUCUGUUUAAAACAUGGAAAGCAAAGUCCUGCUGAUCUUUUGAUUCUCGAUUCAAGUCAGGAAUAAGUGCUUGCUGAUUAUGAAUUGCGUGUUCCUUGUCCAUGCACCUUUGUGAAUGUGAAUCACAAUUCUAAAGGUAAUAUUAUGGAUUUCAUAACUAAAUUAAAUGGCUCCAUCUCUUUCUCUGUAUAAGAAAGUAUUACUGGAAGUAUUAAGUUGAAAAACGAUCCCAAAGCCACCUCUUUCAAUAAGAAGAAUAUGAUAAUGAGGGGUGAAAUUAUGGACAGAGCGGAUUGGAUUUUUGGAAUGGCUAUAAGAGUUGGAGAUGAUUGCCGUUAUGUAUAAACAAAUCUUAAUAAGCGAAGCUUUUAAUCAUAAAGUUGGUUAAGAGAUUUCCACACUUAAAUCGUGUGUCUAUGUGGAGUAUUAUUUUCAAUAUGUUUUAUUCCUAAUAUCAUAUACUCAUCUCUAACUCAACCUGAUUACUUUUUUGAUAGUUUGAUUUAUUGCUUAUUGAUCUUUCCAUAAGCAUUAUUAUUGGUAGAAAAGAUAUGGUAUUUUUGUAUAUUAUUGUAUAACAAUUAGUUAUUUGAAAAACACUAAAUUUAAUAAGCAUUAAAAGAUUAAAAAUAAUCUGAUUAGAAAAUAAAUACUGAAUAUAAUCAUGUAACCAUUACAUCUUAGAACGAAAGAAAGAUAUUGAUGCCAAUAAAAAAGAAAUUCAGUCUGAAUUUAAUACCAGCAUCAAUUUAAUUAAGACUCAUGAAACAUAAUAGCAACAAAUAAAAUAUAAGUGGCUUUUUGGCUUUAGCACCUCAAAACAUUUUGGACCUAAUUUAAACAGAUAUUAUCGUCUUUGAAAAUCCUUAACAUUUAUUCAAAGAAUCACCAAAGGUUGUUUAAUUGGUAUAGAACUUUAAAAACUAUCAAUUUAAUUAUGAUAAACUGAAAGAUCUUGUAACUAAGGCUUCACCUUAACAGAAAACCAAUUGCGAUAAAAUGUUGAUAGACACUAAUCGUUAAUAAACAUAGGAUGAAAUGAAAACCUUGGAUAUUGAAAUGCUAAUCCAAGAAAAAAGAGUACCUGAUUUAAGAAGUUCAUAAGAGUCAUUUGUAUCCACAAAAUAAAUAAAGAAAUUAUAAUUUAUGAGAAAAGACACUCUUUCUGAUUUCAAGUAAUAAGAACCAAAAUUAGCUAAUGGAAUAGGAAAGAAAAAGAGCUCUAGAUUCAUUUUCGAUUAGUCAUUUGCUGCUAAAUCUAAUCACUAAUAAAAUACACAUGAUAGUAGUAAAGAUAUAUCGAAUAAUAAUAAUGGUUCAUAAUCAUUUCAAUCUCCACCCAUAUUAAAAUAAAAAAGCUAAUUCAUUCGACAAGGAACUUAAUUUAAACAUAAUUCAUCAUCAUUUUAAAAUUCACAAUCAAAGUUAAAUGAAGCUAAUUAAGAUAGAUUAAUUGGUGAUAUCCUAAAUGAACAAGAUUUCAUAGAUGUACUAUAUAGUAAAGAUGACACUAUUCACAAUGAGAUUUUAAUAAUGAUGCUAAUUACAAAUAGUGUUAUGACUCUUUAUAAUGAAAAGUUACAGAAAUUAGAAUUCAAUUUUGAAAAUAAAUAUGAUUAAUCCAUACUUUAAUUUACUGAGCUAUUUGAUUAUUGUCUGGUUUGUGCUACUGAAAUUGAAAAUUCAAGACCAGAAUUCAACAUGAAAACCAUUAUUAAAAAGGUAAUCACAAUUUCCAAUAUAUCUAAAAUAUUUGAUGUGUUGACAUUCUUAGAACCAACUGAAAAUAGAAAAAAUAUAUUAUCUGUGUUAGUGAGAGAUCCAGAGUCUUUUUUAUUAGAUGAAGGAGCCUUACUAUACUCACGUAUUGAAACUAGCAAUUAUAAUUAAUAGGAAAAUAAGUACAAUGAAUUUUUAUCUGAAAUGUCAUGGGAUGGACAAAAGACCUUUGUAUACACAAAGAAACAAUUAGAUUAAACAUAAACUGAUGAAUUCUUAAAGAAACUCUCUGCAAUAUAUGAAACUUAUGGCAAUAGGUCCCAUGAAAUUGAAAAAUUGUUUAUUGAAUUAGAGCAAUAAAGUGAGCCUAUGUUUUCCAUUGGGAUUAAAUCACACAAUUCAAAUUGUUUAGUACUUUCUUCAUAAGAAUUAAAUUAUGAUAUUUUAGAUUAAGAUAAAAUAUUUUAGCAUUUAUACAACUUCAAUUUGAAAACCUGUUUUGUCACAUAAUAUAGUUAUGAUGAACUAUUAAUAUUCUUAAGAAGUUUUUAAAUAAUACGUUCUAAAGAAUAGAUAGUAGAAUUCAAAGAAAAAGAUAAAUAACAGUUGCAGUUCAAAGUCAAAUAACAUAUUUAAGCCUUAUUAGAAAAUUAAAAUGCUAAUUAAAAUGAAGAAUAAUUUAUUAUUGUUAGUUCUGAAGCCUUUAAUACAAUUAUAAAAGACGAUUAUCUAAAAUACCAUUUUAUAUUUAUUGUUUAAUUCUCUUUUGGACUAGGAGCUUACCAAUUAAAUAGUGUCUAAAAAGGAAAACUAAUAAAAUUGCUGAAAAUGGCUGAUAAAAAGAUAUUGACUGUAGGGAACUCUUUAGAUAAUGGGUAUAUGUUUUCAAAAUCAGAUGUUUCAGUCAGUCUAAUGAGAAGUAAAUCAUUAAUAUCUACUCUACACCCAAAAUUUGUAACAUCUAACAUGAAAUAGCUUUUUAGAAUGUUGUUCAUUUAUUGUCCUACUCAGAUGUUAAACUACUUGGCAAUUAUAGAAGUUUAACUCUAUAGAUGCACUUUGAUAGGACUAACCAUUUUUGCUGGUCAUUUUGAAUUAAACGACAUUAAUUUGUUUUACUUACUAUUAUUCUAUCUAAUACCAAGCAAUCUAUUGUCAAGUGUCUAAUACUAUUAUUUGUUUGUUUUACAUACUAAAUAGUAAUUGAAGAAUGCAAAUAAUUAUGCACGGUUGUUGUAGAAUUUAAAAAAUAAGAUUUUACUAAAGUCAGCUUUAAAAAUCAUUCUAAUAGCUAUAAUCGAUUUUUUUAUAUUGAUUUUAAUCUAAAAUUCUAUAUUAGAUUUCGUAUCUUUAAAUGGUAAGGUUGAUUAGACUUAGUAAAUAAUUUUGCUUUAUUUAGCUUUGGAGAUUUUGGAGAAAUCUAAAAUAAUAUUUUAUAUCUUCUCUCUCUCAACUCAGCUCCAACAUAAAAUAAUACAAAUAUGCUCGAACAUUGUAAUGGUAACGAUACUCAUAAUUAUAUUUAACAUUAUAUAAACAAUUGUAGAUGAUUAAAUGAUUAUAGAAGAAUUUGAUCUUGAGAACUUUGUAGCAUUCAUUUUUAUAGCUGUGUUUGUACUUGGUCUAUCAUACAUUUUCUAUGAGACCUUGUAAAUUUUCUCAAUUUAAUUUGUGCUUCCAUCCGACUUAUACUCAUUUGAUUAGAAUUACCAAGAGAUAAAAUCAUUGAGGAACAAUAUCUCAUCUUAAAAUUCCCUUAGUGAAUUUGAGGAUGAAAAAUUAAGAGUGUUCAAUUAAAAAUUAAAACAAUUAACUGAUUAAUUAUUUGAUAAUAAAGAUAUAAUCGAAGAGUGCAUUAUUAAACAAAUUAAAGGAGAUUAGUCUCUAAUAGAUGAAAUGGAUAAACUCCAUGGAUUUUAAGAUAAGAAAACAGAGUCAUCUUUUCAAGACUUUUUUAGAGAACAAAAUAAUCAUAGAUUCAAUAUUGUUUAUGCAUUUAUCUUUUAUGAUAUCUGCAUCAUCAUUAUGCAUUUUUAUAAAAUAUUUACUGAUGAUAUUUUUAAGUUCUCCAUCCUCAUAACUACUGUAAUAUAAUUUGUUAUCCAAAUUUUUAUUGCAUUCUUAUAAUUCAGAGUUAUAACUGAUAAAAAGAACAAACAAAACUUACAAAUUCUCUCAUACAUUCUAAGAUUCCUAUUUUAAAUAAUAAUUGACAUUCUCUAUUUUGAGAGUGAGUAAACAUUUGUAGGAUUUAUAUUCAAUUAUUCAUUCAUAUUGGCAUUCGCAAUGACAACCCAACCUAAAAUACCUCUUUUAUUAUAUGUAGUACUAUAAUUAAUUAAUUAUGUGAUAAAUUUACUUUCUGAUGGAUUUACAAUGACUUAUUCAGAUUAUCACGUUCUAAUAUUUUGCAUAGCUAAAUAUAGUUUACUUUUACUCGAAAUAUCUUAUCCAGUCUUUUAAAUGGUUCAAAAAACUCACUUUUUAUAAAGAUCCUUUUACAUUUAUUAGAACAGAUUAAAUUAUGAGAAAAAGAAGAUUAACAACAUUCUUGGACUGUUAAUGCCAAGAUUCAUAUAGGAGAGAAUGAAUAAGGGCUAAAUUCAAAUAUCUCAAGAUUAAGGAGAUGUGACUGUGCUGUUUUGUGAUAUCUAUUAAUUCGAUAAGGUGAUUAAAUUUCAAUAAGAGAACAUUCUUGAUUUUUUGGAUACUCUCUAUAGAGCAUUUGAUUAACUGUGUUAGACAUAUGAUUUAUAAAAGAUUGAGACUGUAGGUAAAACUUAUAUGGCAGCUGGGGGUCUCAAAGAUUAUGAUGCAGUUAUAAGUAUAAUUAUAUUUUGAUUAGAUUAAAAAAAUGCCAAUAGCACCACAAGAGCAUUAGAGACAGCUAUCGCAAUGAUGGAAACAGUUAAGACAAUGAAAUAUGGAGACAACUAAGAUGUCAAACUCAAAAUAGGAAUUCAUUAUGGAAGAGUGAUUGCUGGUGUGAUAGGCUUUCAUAAACCAUAAUUUUCAUUGAUAGGAGAUACUGUUAAUACUACUAGUAGAGUGUGCAGUACUAGUGAUGCUGGUUUUAUCACCUUAAGUGAAUCAGCUUAUAAUCAUAUUAAAGAUACUACGAAGCAUUAAUUUGAAUAAAAAUCAGUGGCUGCUAAAGGCAAAGGCACACUCGAAACUUUUAGGUUGAAAGUAUGCACUAAAGAGAAGGAAUCAAGCAAGAACAUUACUCCAAAGGCUUGUUUAGAUAAAAAUGAGAAAAAUUUUGAGCCAGAUUGUAAAGUAUAAAUAAUGCCACUGAAAAAUUCAGAUAAUAGUAAAACACCCCUCAAAGGAGUAAUGAAAAGAGCUUCUCUGAUGAAUUAAACAGGUAUUACUAAUGACGCAAAAACACCUUCAGUUUUAUUCAAAUAGAUCUCGAGAGAUAUUAAAAACAAACAGUAACCUUUAGUCAUAAUCAAGAAAAAGUCAUCUAUCGAACAUGAUUGUAAGGAUUUAGAUUUAAAAAGAUUGAAUUCUUAAAAGUCAAAAUCAGGAUCUAAUUUAGAUGUAAAAAUAUUUGUUAUUUUAGAAUGAUAAUUAGUCAUAAAUUCAUCAGAAGGCUAAAACUCCAGCCUUAAUAAGUACCAUGAGAAACAGUAUAACAACUCACAAGAGAUUAAUUAGACAAUCCGAAGAUGGCACUAAUAAUAAUAAUACUGGAACUUUAUAACAAAUUUCAAUGACUCACUUUUCACAAAUUGAUAUGAAAACUCAACCCUAAUUAAUUUAAAGUCAUAUCCAAACCAAUUAAAGUCCUAAUAACAUUUAGUAACCAAUAAUCAACUCAUUUUAAUAAGGGUCUUAAAAUUAGUUACUUUUAAUAGCUGAGCAUCCAAGCAAAGAGAGUUUAUAGCAAGAGAAGAAUGAAGAUGAAGUUUAAAUUCCUUAAUAACAAGUCCAACAAUAGACUCAAAGGACCUAAUUGAAAAAGAAAGGAACUAUAAUUAUGGUAGACUUAGUACAAUAAAAGAAAAGUUGUUUAAUGAAAUCAAAUACAAGAAUAAUGAUUCCUGAAGAAAAGGAUAAAGAUAGGGUAGUUAAAAUAGCUUAAAUUGAUAAUGAUUAAUAAGCUGAAUAAGUGGGAAGAAGACAAAUCAUCAAAUAAAAAUCAAUUAAGCCUAUUUAAUAGGAGCCAUCAGAUUCUGCAAUUAAGAAGUACGAUAGCAUCUUGGAAAAAUUUGAGGAAUUAGAGGUAAAUAAAAGAUAGGGCAUUUCUAUGCUUUAGAAGAAACUAGAUCUCAUGAAAUUGAAGAAUAUCAAAAAAUUCAAAUUAGAUUUUGAUAAGGAUUAUGAUUCAGAAUAAAUUAAAAGCUAUUAUGAUAGUAAGGAUCAAAUAUCAUACUAUUAAAUUUACGAAGAAUACAAAGAUCAAGAGUUGAUUAAAUUUAGAUCCACAUUUUCAUUCUUGUUAGUAUUAAUGAUUUUUAAAAGUCUGUUAUACUUUUUAUUAGACAACUUAAGUUCAAAAACUCAGAUAGAACUAUUAAUCACAGUAUUGUGUUAAAUUUCAAUAAGCUUGGGGUUGGCAAUCCCAAUCUAUAAGUAUAGGGAAUAAUCAGACCUUUUAAAAAUAAAGACUUUUGGAUUUAUAUAUUUCAUAACAACAAAUCUCUUGAAUCUUCUUUUGAUUUCAUUUAGUGAAGCAACACAAUACCAAGUUAUUCUACAAACUUGUUAGAUAACAUCGAUUUAUGUUAAUUUAUUCUACUUAUAAAUGUUAAUAGUGUAAGACAAAUAUAAAUUAUUGAUAACCUACAUUAUUCUAAUAGUUUUGGUCACAGUGUAUGAAUAAUUUAUUCUGGAAAUACUAUUUUUUGGACUUAGCAUAAUUGGAAUUACUUUCUAUUCUUAACAUUAAAUUAAUUAAAUUUUAGUCAAAAAUUAUAAGGUAAGUUAAUAAUUAUAAAUAUAAAUUGCAAAGUAUGAAAAUAUGUUGUAAUAUUUGAUGCCCCCACAUGCAUUAAAACGGUUAUUAUAACCGGAUUAAGACAAUACAGAGACCUUUAUUGAUGUAUUAGAGAAUGCUACAGUGUUGUUUGCAGAUAUUGCAGGAUUUACUAAAUAUUCUAGUUCUGUGGAACCAGAAACAGUUGUAGAAAUGCUUAGAAACUUAUUUUAAACAUUUGACGAAUUUUGUUAAAUGACUUAGGUGUAUAAAUUAUUCACAAUAGGAGACUGUUACGUUUGUAUGGGAGUUAUGGAUUUGAAUUAAAGAGAUCCAGCUGAAGAAGUAUAUUAUUAAUCUAAUUUAAGGCUUAAAAUGUAUUGGUUUUCGGAUUGAAAAUGAUUUAGAUUAUCAAUGAUUGCAAUAAAGAUCCCCAAUAUUAACAUCUUAAUAUGAGAAUUGGAGUGCAUACAGGUAAAGUCCUUGGGGGAGUUGUUGGUACAGAUGUUGUUAGAUAUGAUAUCUAUGGUGAAGAUGUGACUAUUGCUAACCUUAUGGAAUCGUCAGGCUCUGUAUUUAUAAUGUUUCUAUUGUUUUUAGGAAGGCAAAAUGUUAGUAAGUGAACAUACAAAAAAUUUAGUUGAGAGUGUUUAUGAAGAUUUCAAAUUUGAAUACGCUAAGGAUGUUUAUAUUCCUUCUAAAGAUAUUACAUUACCUACUUUCUUUGUACAACUCAAUGAUUUAGUGUUUAGUUAGGAAGAAUGA